AUGGCUGCUUCAGGAAUCGCUGUUGGUAUCAACAAAGGUCACAUCGUCACUCGUCGUGUCCUCAAGGCCAAGCCCUCUAACAAGAUUGGUGCCGCUUCCAAGCGUGCUACCUUUGUCCGUAGCAUUGUCCGUGAGGUCUCUGGUUAUGCUCCCUAUGAACGUCGUGUCAUGGAAUUGAUCAAGAACUCCAGAGACAAGCGUGCCAGAAAGCUCUGCAAGGCCAAGCUCGGUACAUUCCUUCGUGCCAAGAAGAAGAUUGAGGAGCUCUCCGGUGUCAUUGCCUCUUCUCGUCGUCAUUAA